UACCCAUUGUACCCUGUCAAAGGGUUGAGACCAUCAUCACUGCGCAAAUCGUCCUACUCCAACAGCAGCAGCAGCUGCAGCAGCAUCAACAACAGCAGCAGCGCCUGUCCCCCGCCGCCGCCCACGCCGCAUCAGAUCCAAACAAACGCCAGCACCAGUCAGCACCAACAAAGGCACCAACAACAGCAGCAACAGCAACAGCAACAUCAGCAGCAACAGCAUCCACAAUACAGACGCAACAGCAGCAGCUUGGCAGCGAAGCCUGCCAUCAAUUUGCUCAGCAAUCGACAGCAGUUCAACUACUUCGAGUUCCCAUCGCCGACUCGCAGCGGCAGCUCUUUGCUGGCCAAUCGAUACACCGCUGCAGUCUCCACACCAGCGCUCGACUGCAAUCCCGGCACGAGCUGCAACAGCCACAGCCACAGCAAUUGCAACAACAACAACAACUACAACAGCAGCAGCUACAGCUCUGCGGUUGCCAAAGCGGCUGCUUCAACUGCUUGUGCUCUACUUGCCACGUGCCACGUGGCCAGCAAUUCGUCCACAGCCCCAGCUCCGGCGCCUGCACCAGCCCCAACCCCAACCACCUGUCAGCCAGAAACCACAAACAGAGAGAGCAUGGGUCGACGUGAGAUUAAACGCUCCAAUACCAGUGGCUCCACCUCCAGAUCCUAUGACAGCGGCAGCGCAACCACAAAUUUUGUGGGAAAAUUCACGCAAAGCGUGCGCCGCAUUGUGCAGGAUGUGAAGGACGAGGGGGCACCGAGCGGCAUGACGCGCGACGAGGUUAUCGAGACGAACGAACGCUUGAGAUCAUUACGGCUGCGCCUCGAGGAGUCCUACGAUACGGUAAAGAAAGCACUGAUUAAUCUAAUGAACCAAUACGGCGACUCGAAGAGCCAUCGCAACAUCUUCCAGCGCUAUCCCAAGCUCAAGCUCAUGAUUAAGGAAGUUAUACGCCUGGAGACUCAGUAUUGGACAUUAGUCGAUAUUCCGCGACAGGAGAAGCAGGAAACUGUGCCCUCGUACGUGAUGCGCGCCUGCUCAAUCAUGGAGAAGACCCAGAAGUCGGGCGAGGGCGUCAAGACCUCGGCUCGCCUGGCCGAGGAGGCGGCUGAGCGCCGGGAGCGCAUGGAGCGCCUGGAACACAUGACAACGGCACAAAUUGAGCUCGAGAAUACGCAGCUGAUUAAUGAUUUAUAUCGCUUGCUGAAAAAGUAUCUCGGCUUGCGGCACUUGAUACGCGUGCUAAAGGAAGAGUACGGCAGCUCAAAGAUGUAUCCGAUAUUUCCGCGGUACACAAUGCUCAAGGACAUGAUAAAGGGCAUUAUGCACGACCCCGACUACAUGGAGGUGUGCCACGAAACGCUGGCCAACUCCAACUGAGCCGAGGCAUCCGGAAAUGGCAGGCGUCGCAUGAGUGUCAUAUGAGAGGGCCACCAGGAGACGGACAAUACAACACACGCACACUAAUCCAACCGGACCGGAUGUGUGUCUCUCUGUGUGUGUGUGUGUGUCUGUGGGCUGGAUUUCAUAUGCGACUUUCUGCCAUCUUCCGAACAUGUUUAACAAUUUUCAAUGAACGUUAACUUUUUUGCAUAGUUAGAUACAAAUCUUUAGAUAAUUUUUAGCCAAACAAAAAGGCAAAGCAAACAAAGCAAGAACAACAACUACAACAACAACAACAAAACACCUACCCCACCACAAAAGUAAACUACUUAACUACAACUACUACAACAACAACUAAAACUACAACAAACUAUUUACCACAAACAGUAAAAGACCGUAGAUAAAACUUGGCUAAGAGACAGAUAGAAAGGGAGAGAAAGGGAGAGAGAGAGAGAGUAACCAAAUCAAAGCAAAACAAAACAAAAAGAAACGCAUUUAUUUUAAUGACUUUUUGAGAUGAAUAUAAGAACUACAACAACAAAAACACCAAACAAAACUAAACAAAAACUAAACUUAAAUUACGCGAAUGAUGUACAACUCAAGUAUUAAAUAUCCUUCACAAAUACAUAAUAUAAACCAUUAGCCACAUACAUACAUACAUGAAACAUACAUGUGUUUAUGUGCAUCUCAGCCAUAUCCAUACGUCUAUUAAUUAUACAACAGAAUUAUGUUCGAUUUCGUAUGAAUUCUUUGCAAUUGUAAAGUUGAUGUACUUAAGUUUUAUAAAUUUUAGAAAUCUUCAUUGCAAUUUUAAGAAAGUGUAACUCAAAACGUAUUUAAAAAAUUUAUAAAAUUUUAUAGAUUUAUGAAAUGUUCAUAUAUUUAUUCCUUUAAAAAUGUUCAAACAUUUAUUCGAAUAUCAAAAACUUCAUAAAACUCUGGCAAUAAAAUAAAUUCCUUAAAUUUAAAUAUUCAGUAAAAAAAAAUCAAAGCUUGUAGCUAUUUAUGAAAUAAGUUAAAUUCCAUCUAGAUUCUUUCAAAAAAUCUCAUUGAUUUAUUUCAAUAAGUAUUCCUUUGUUUCCUAUUUUCAAAAUUAUGAUCUAGUAAAUCUAAAUUAAAUUAAAAUCUUAUUCAUAUACAUCUCUAGACAUAUUUCAAUAUUAAGCAAGUAAGCUGCUGUCGGGCGUAACCGACUGAACAAAUACUCGUUCACAAUACCAAAUGACUAUAACUCUGUUUUCCGGCCUAUUAAGGUCUCUCUGUAAAGAAGGUCAUCUCGAGGUCAUCCCUAUGGCUGAUCGUUAAUCUGUAGACCUAAUUCUAUCUUCCAUUUUUCCAAUAUGCCACACUAUUAACCUAACUAUCAUCAAAUAUAGGACUAAUCUAAAUUUCAAGUCUCCGAAUCUCUGUUAUAAACAUAAAUUGUCUAAAACUAAUAUACUCUUUGUCAACUUCGUGAACGAGUAUGAAUAUUUAAAUAACUUGUAUAGUUAGACAAUAUAAGGGAAAUGUUCCCAAACAUUAAAUUAAAACUACAUUUCUUUACACUUUUUGAAGGAAACACCAAUUAUACUCGUAUAAUUAUGAAAGAUAUAUGUAUAUUCAAGUAUAACAACAAAUAACUCAGGAUCAUUUGCUAUGGUUCCUUUGACACUUUAAAACAUUUCGUAGCAAAACUAUUUUUUCAAAACCAAAACCAAAAUGAAAAUCAAAGAUAUAUGUAUGUAACUGUGUGUUUAGCAAAAAAUUAAAAGCUUUAAGUCCUAUGCAAUGUGUAAUUAACACCCCAAAAAACCCUAGAAAAAGACGUUAAGUUUAAAAGUCGAAAAGAAAAAAAAGAAAAAAGAAAGAAUUCCCUAUGUCUUGGUACAGGUAUAUAACCUAUGUUUUAGCUUUAGCCAAUCUUACCAAGAAAUACAUGCAAAUACGUUUAUAAGAGACCAAUGACAAAUUCUACGAGCUUACAACAAUUUAAACAUUUGAACAAGAAGAAGAAU